AUGACCAACCCCUUGAGGACGACAUCCCAGUCAAUCAGGAUUGCAGGACAUCGGGGCUACAGUUCCGGCGCCCCUGAAAACACCCUGAGCGCUUUCCGGAAGGCCUGGGAGGUUGGCGGCAAUGGAGUUACUUGCGAGACUGACCUCGCGCUGACCAGAGAUGGCGAAUUGAUCCUGAUCCAUGACGAGACUGUGGACCGCACUACAAACGGCCACGGCCUUGUCUGCAACAUGGACUAUUCCGACAUCGCCAAACUUGAUGCUGGCCUUUGGUUUGACAACGCGUUCGAGGGGGAAAGAAUACCAUUGCUGAGGGAUGCUUUACGUCUUGCACGUGAGCUUGGCAUCAUCUAUCAGCUGGAGCUCAAGAUCUACAAUCGAAACGACGAAAUAUUCCCGAAGUUGAGAGCGUUGAUCGACGAGUUACAAUGCGCCGACCUUCUGCAAUUCUCUUCGUUCGACUUCGCUCAGCUCAGAGCCAUCAAGAAGGCGAUCCCCAGUGUUCCGACAGUCGCUAUUUCGCAUUCGAGAUUCAUCGACCCUGCUGCGGUGGCGCGAGAAGCAAACGUGGAUGCGGUCAAUCUUGAGAUACAGCACUUCCCGAGCGGCGAGGCUCAUCAGCUUCACGAGGAGGGCUUUGCCGUCUUCUUGCAUGUACCGGCCCCCGAGAGGCUUGCGAAACUGAAAUCUUAUGGGGUGGAUGUCGAGGCACAAGUCAUACAAUGGGUUCGUGAGGGGUUGUUGGAUCAGCUCAUCAGUGACGACGUGGCACAAGUGGUCAGGAUCUUAGAUCAGGCUCAUGUUAAAACAUAA